AUGCUGUCAAACUUGUCUAGGUCGUUGCGCAUCAUAAUUGCUAUCAUUGUCCUGUUUUUUAUAAUCGAGACAUUGCUUCUCUUGUCAAAUGCGCCUUCAGACGCCCAUUUCUACAAUUUCAACCACAGCCCCCCACCGGCACCUACCAAUGCCCUAGAUUGGUCCCGCUUUGCCUACGUGCAAUAUGUCACCAACACGCCCUAUUUGUGCAAUUCAGUCAUGCUUUUUGAGACUUUAAACCGCUUGCAAAGCAAAGCCGAUCGUAUCAUGAUGUAUCCGAUGAAAUUUUCGCUGGACGAAAAUGACAACGGGACGGAGAGCCGACUCCUCCGCAAGGCUCGAGAUGAAUACAAAGUCAAGCUAGUACCCAUUGAAAUACAAAGUCGGGCAAGCGGCGAUGCGACUUGGGCGGAGAGUUUUACCAAGCUUCUUGCCUUCAACCAAACCCAAUAUGAUCGCGUUCUGAGCCUAGACUCGGACGCAACUAUACUGCAACAUCUGGAUGAACUAUUCUUGUUACCUUCGUGUCCAUUGGCCUUCCCUCGAGCCUACUGGCUUAACCCCGACGAGCGUGUGAUGAGCUCCCAAUUAAUGCUCAUUCAGCCUUCUAAGUUUGAAUUCGAUCGUAUUAUGACAGCUAUCAAUACGGCCGAUCGUUCCGAUUAUGAUAUGGAGAUCGUGAAUGAUCUCUACAGAGAUAACGCGCUCAUCAUACCGCAUCGUCCAUGGACUUUGCUGACUGGAGAAUUCCGCAACGAUGAUCAUUCGGCAUACCUAGGGAAUAAGAAUGAGACAUGGAACCCUGAUGACGUAUUCAAAGCCACCAAGUUCUUACAUUUCUCUGACUGGCCAGUGCCAAAGCCUUGGAUUAAUCCCCCUUCUCACAUCAUGGAUGAAAAGAAGCCUAGUUGUCAGAAGAACGCAACUAGCGGUCAAUUAGAUGACUGUCGGAACCGCGACUAUUGGUUAGGGAUUUAUGCAGAUUUUGCCAAGCGACGAAAGGAUGUCUGCGAUCUUACUGUAUAA